UUUGUGUUUUGAGUAGCUUUGUUUUAUCAGAAUUUAAUAUUAUGAAAUAAAUAUUAUUGAAUUAAUGAAGUUAAAGAAUGAUACGAGAAUAUUAAAUCAAUACUCACAGUUACUAAAAUAAUAAGCUAUAAGAAUUAUCAUAGUAUGUAAAUUUACCACUAAUAGAUCUAAGAACAAAAAUGAGUCGGUGUGAUUUUAAAAUAGUUUUAUUAGGUAGCGAACACGUAGGGAAAACAAGUUUAGUGUUAAGAUUCGUCAGUUGCAGAUUUAAUGCAACAACGCCUUACCAAAACACUAUAGGGGCGGCAUUCUGUGCUAAAACUAUGUAUGUCGAUGGUAAACCAUUCAAUGUGGGGAUAUGGGACACUGCUGGGAGCGAAAGAUACGAAGCAAUGACGCGCAUGUACUACCGGGGUGCGCACGCGGCGAUCGUCUGCUACGAGCCGUGCUGUAUACAAUCCUGGGCCAGGCUGAGGCACUGGUUGCAGGAAUUGAGGACCGUGGAAGAGGAAUGCAAGGUAUACCUAUGUGGUACUAAAAAAGACCUCCUAGACUCCGCUGCGUCAAAGAGAGAGGUGCCAGAGGACAUCGUCGAGACAUACUCCCAAGGUCUACAUGGACACUUUCUGACAUCCAGCAAGACCGGUGAAAACGUGGAUGAACUCUUCCAGAAGAUAGUCGAGGACUGCGCGGCCGAUGUUCGGCUCAUGAAGGACUUGGAAGAGGUCAGAGUGCAAUUGCAAGAGGAAGUGAAAAGGAGUAACUACUGCUUCUGUUAGGCGCUAUGUGUGUUGGCAACGGAGUUGGAGCAAGUUGCUGGUGGUAUGUUGCUGGUAGCGUGUUGCUGGCAGCGUGUUGUUUGCAGCGUGUUGCUGGCAGCGUGAAGCUGGUAGCAUGUUGCUGGCAGCGUUAAGCUGGU